GAAUUUAUGACAGCAGUUUUUAGUUGUCCUGGCCUCAGCCUGACUGUUUGUGGUGUAUUUCCUCGGCACCUUUCGCACUGUGUUUCCGCCGAGACGAGAGUGCGUAGAGCUCAAGCCAUUCUGGGUUGCCCACCAGUGCUGUGGAGUGUCUUCUUCGUGUCGCCACCAAGAGUUGUGAAUCAUGAGCGGAUUCGAUAGGAACCCGUUCGCAGAACCAGAAGCUGCCAAUCCUUUUGCUGAUCCAGCUGUAACCCAGUAUGCAACAACGAAAACACCAGCGGGGGCUGGUCUAGAAGAAUACAAUCCCUUUGCUGGUGACGGCGAGAUUACAUCUGGCCGAUCGUCUGGCACUACAAGUGUAACACCAGUCGUGCAACCACCAGCAGCAGCAGCAGCAACGCUCGAGACUGCUCCUGCCCCUGCUGUGUUACAGCCACCGCCACCUGCAUAUCAGCCACCACCGGCAGCCCAAGAACCCUUAACUUUCCCUGGUGAAAAUAGCGGACAGACAACUCCACUGCAAGCGGCCACUGCAAAUGACACGGGUGCUCAAAGCACUCCUACCCUAUCAGCCACUGGUACAGGCACCGCUGCUACCGAGACCACUAGUGAGACCGUCCAGCUUAGCGCUGCUCAGCAACUGGAGCUAGCCCGUCGCGAUCCAAACUUCCCCCCUCUGCCCAGUUGCUGCCCUGUGAAACCAUGCUUCUAUCACAAUAUUCAACUGGAGAUCCCGUCACGUGAUGCUAAGCUUGUCAGGACCCUGUUCAUCUACUGGGAAGCUGUUGUCUUCACCUACUUCUACAACAUGAUUGCACUACUCGUGCUGUUUGCCGACACUGGCGACUUUGGCAGUGACUUUGGCUUCGCGGUUCUCUGGUUCAUUCUCUACUCGCCAUGCUCCUUUAUAUGCUGGUAUCACUGUGCCUACAGGGCUUUCAAGUCGGAUAGCUCUCUUCGCUUCAUGAUCUUUUUCGUAACGUUCUUCUGCCAGUGUGUGUACAAUGUUGUUCAGUCGGUCGGCUUCAUUGGCAGUGGAGGCUGUGGUCUGAUUGUUGCACUGAAGGGCAAGAAGGACGCCCACGCCGUCGUCUUCUUCAUGGCAAUUGCAGCCUUUAUCCUGUGGGUGCUGAUGUCCGCUAUUGGCUCCUACAUGCUAAUCCGGAUCCACCGCUACUACCGCACGUCGGGCCACUCCAUGCAGCGAGUGCAGAGCGAGGCCGGCUCAGCGCUGGCGCAGAACGAAGGCGUGCGAAGUGCCGUCAUCUCGGGCGUGAAGGCAUCCUUAUAGACGGUGGUCUGAUCGCGUGCGUGUAUUUGUUUCUUCUACCUUGGCCCGAAUGGUGCAUGAUGGCAAAACCGGUAUUGUCAGUCGUUGCGAUUGUGACCUAUGGCUAUGGUUGUCUCAGAUCACACCCAUUGUGGACCUUGACAUUGUAUUGAGAAAUCCUGGUGAAUAUUAGCACCUGCACUUGACAGUUGCGCGCUGGUAUACGCAUACAGACGAUGACGACGAUCGGAUCAUGCCCAUCCGGGGCACACGUUUUUUUGUACGUGCCCUAGCAUCUUGGUGUAUAUUACUAUUUUUCCGUGUGUGUGUGCGUGCGUGCGUGUGUGUGUGCGCGAGUGCUAGUGUGUGUGUGUGGCCUUACAGAUUCUGGAUUUCAUGAGCAGAACCCAGGAGUAUACCUGUAGCUAUCAAAGUGGUAUGACUGUUUCUAUUUGAAUUACCGAUAACUAUCACCUCUUCAGACGUAUUUAUUUGUAGAAUAUACAGUAAGCUAAAUAUCAUUUAGUUCGUUCGCAUCAUGCAUUGGUGUUUGCCACCGGUGCCCAACCUUUACUUACAGUCGCAUUGUGUAGCAUUCUUUGCUCUGCUCGGUUGGAUUUUGUUCCUUGUAAAGGCAUGUGAAUGCCCCAGCUCUGAUGUCCAACCACUCUACUUUGCUCAACUAUAUUUUACCCUCCCCCCCCCCUCUCUAGACUCUCUCUCUCUCUCUCUCUCCCCCUCCCCCCCCCCCCUCCCGCCUCUUCACAAUUGUGUUUCUUAUCAGACAUGUAUCGGCUUUUUUGUCUACUCUAGAGAGCUACUAGCAUCUGCGUUUCUCCUGACUUGUGUCAGGUUUCAUUUGCAGCGGCUCCAAUUUCAAACAACAGACGACUGUA